GGGAUUCUGCUGCUGCCCAGCUGGAUUCGGGUGCAUCCAAUCCAAACCCGGCCUUACAUCCUGUUACUCGAAGCAAGCCUCCUGAUUUAAAGAAGAUACAACAGCUGUCUGAGGGAUCUAUGUUUGGCCAUGGCCUCAAGCAUCUUUUCCAUAGCCGCAGACGGUCCCGAGAACGGGAGCACCAGAACUCCCAGGAGUCAUCACAGCAGCACCAUGGCAUGUCUGAUCAUGACUCUCCUGAUGAAAAAGAACGCUCCCCUGAGAUGCACCGGGUCUCCUAUGCCAUGUCUCUGCAUGAUCUCCCAGUUCGACCCACUGCCUUCAACAGGGUAUUACAGCAGAUACGCUCCCGCCCUUCCAUCAAGAGGGGGACCAGUUUGCACAGUGGCAGUCGCCGAGCCAAGAGUAGCUCCCUGGAGCCCCAGAAAGGCAGCCCUCAUCUUGUCCGCAAGGCUCCACAGGAUAGCAGUCUCACAGCAAUACUUCAUCAACACCAGGGCCGGCCAAGAUCUUCAUCUACCACAGACACUGCUCUCCUUAUGGCUGAGGGUGGGACUGUUUACCUCCUCACUGAAGAGUCAGAAUGCCUCACUGAUAAGCUAGAUAAAGGGGACACAAGCCAGCUUAGUCUACCUUCCAACACAAGCCAUGGUGAUGCUGAUGGGAACAUCUGCCUUGAUGUUCCAGACGGCAACCCAGACCCACAGAGAACAAAAGCUGCCAUUGACCAUCUUCACCAGAAGAUCCUCAAGAUCACGGAGCAGAUCAAGAUUGAGCAGGAGGCACGGGAUGACAACGUGGCUGAGUAUCUGAAGCUUGCCAACAAUGCUGACAAGCAGCAGGCCUCUCGCAUCAAGCAGGUCUUUGAGAAAAAGAACCAGAAAUCAGCUCAGACCAUUGCCCAGUUGCACAAGAAGCUUGAGCACUACCACAAAAAGCUAAAAGAAAUUGAACAAAAUGGACCCUCACGCCAGCCCAAAGAUGUCUUCCGGGACAUGCACCAGGGCCUCAAGGAUGUAGGGGCCAAUGUCCGUUCCAGCAUCAGUGGCUUUGGAGGGGGUGUGGUGGAAGGUGUCAAGGGUGGACUAUCAGGCCUUUCUCAAGCCACACAUACAGCUGUGGUCUCUAAACCUCGUGAGUUUGCAAGCUUAAUCCGUAACAAAUUUGGCAGUGCAGAUAACAUUGCUCACUUAAAGGACACGCUGGAUGAUGGUCACCCUGAAGAGGCCUCACGGACUCUCAGUGGCAGUGCCACUUUAGUGUCGAGUCCCAAAUAUGGCAGCGAUGAUGAGUGCUCCAGUGCCACUUCUGGCUCAGCAGCAGGUAGCAACUCUGGGGCAGGCCCUGCUGGUUUAGGCAGCCCCAAAUCUAACACUUUGGACAGUCACCACUAUAAUUUUGAUACCAUCAUAGAAGAACUGCGGGAGAUAAAGGACAUUCAGUCACACCUUGAAGACUCCAUGGAAGACCUCAAAGCCCAGCUCCAACGAGACUAUACAUACAUGACUCAAUGCUUGCAGGAGGAGCGCUACAGAUACGAGCGCCUGGAGGAACAGCUGAAUGACCUGACAGAACUUCAUCAGAAUGAGAUGACCAAUCUCAAGCAGGAAUUGGCUAGCAUGGAGGAGAAGGUGGCUUACCAAUCCUAUGAGAGGGCUAGGGACAUUCAGGAGGCUGUGGAAUCCUGCCUGACCCGAGUCACCAAGCUAGAGCUGCAGCAGCAGCAGCAGCAGGUAGUGCAGCUGGAAGGUGUGGAAAAUGCCAACGCCCGGGCCCUGCUGGGCAAAUUCAUCAACGUCAUCUUGGCCUUGAUGGCUGUGCUGCUGGUCUUCGUGUCCACCAUUGCCAGUUUCGUCACGCCCUUGAUGAAGACCCGCAUGCGCCUCCUGAGCACCACUUUGUUGGUGCUUUUUCUCUUCCUCCUCUGGAAACACUGGGACUCUGUCACUUAUCUCCUGGAACAUGUGCUGCUUCCUAGCUGAUUCCUCAGCCAGCCAGAUGCCAGGGUGUGUGGGGUGUUUGUUUCUUCCUGAGGUGAAGGGGCAGAAACGAGGAGACUUCGAAAUCAGUUUCUUUGUCCGUUUGGAGUAUGUAAUUCUCACUUGCUUCCCUUGCACAGCCGUCUUUAUUCGCAUCCAACAUCAUCUCAGUAGUGGGGAGUGUAGUUGCAGCAGGGCUUGUGAGAGGUCAGAUAAUCACUCCUCUAAGAUGCCUUUGCAAGGGAUUAUGGGGAGGCAGGUGACGUCUAUAAAGAGCUCUGAUAGCUUUCCUUUAAAGCAGACAAAAAGAUGCUGAUGGCAAAGUAGAUCAGAAUGGUAUUCUCUUGAGGAAGAUUGUUUUGUUCUUUCCUUUCUAAGAAGGAUGGCGAAAAGCUCAUUCCUGAGCACAGGAUAACCUCUGAAGGCAAAAGUUCAGCACUGAAGGUAAACUCUGUUGAAAAUUCCUGCCCCAUAGGAACUGAAGGAAUAGAAUGUACAUAUCACACCAGCUUAUCCAAAUCCCAAGGAUAUUAAAUUUCCAUUCCUGAAGAACAGCCGAGCCAAUAUGCCCAGAAGCAUAGCUGGGCAUUUUAGUACGAAGGACUUUUCAUCCUAGAUGGUUAUUUUUACCAAAUAAGUUAUGCCAGGAUCUAAGGAGAAAGAAUCUUACCAUUCUGGUGCAAGCAAACCCAACACCUUUGGUUGGAUUUGUUUUGUUUCUUCUUUUUGCUUUAGUAUGUUAUCUUCAGGGACUUACAAAAAAUUCUGAUAUUGCAUCUGCAAACCUUACAAGCUUUGCAAAUGUGUGUGUGUG